GCUCGGUCGCGCGCGCACGUGGCGGAGAGUCCUCCUAACACCGUUUAGCGAAUAUCGGCGAAAAGACUCGCAAUUUCACACCCGAAGCCUGUCGCUGAAAGUGAAAGUCAAUAUCGAAUCGGUUAACGUGCCGUCAGUGUUUACGAAGAGAAUCAUCUCGCAUCGAAAGUGUUUGUUUGAGGCAACCUGCUACCUGUUCGAAAGAUGAAGUCGCUGUUCGUUGUGCUGUUAGCGCUGAAUUGCCUUUACCUUUAUGCCGAAGCGACCGAUGUGAGCGCGUGUCCUUCCACCAAGAGCUUAGUGCCGGUCACGGAAAAUACGAUCGACAUCAGCAACUGUUCCAAACCACCAUGCAAGCUGAAGCGGAAAACCAAGGUUUCCAUCAAUCAGAAGUUUACGCCCACCGAGGACAUCAAAACGCUGACAACGACCGUGUACGCUCAGGUCCUGUCGCUGCCGCUGCCGUUCAUUGGCGUCGACGGAACCGGUGCGUGCGAUUUCAUCUACGCCGAAGAUGGUGAAACCAAAGCUGGCUGUCCGCUGAAGGCCGGUGUCCCCGUUGUGUACAAGCGCGAAUUUCCGGUGCUGGAAAUCUACCCGAAGAUGAGCCUGGUCGUGCACUGGGAGCUGCAGGGUCGUGGUUCCAAAUCGAUUACCUGCUUCGAGGUGCCAGCGAAAAUCGUCUAAACGAGCUAGCGAACGAGCGAGCGAACGGUGAAUAGCUAGUAAUAAGUUCAAUGCUAAGCCAGCACAGUACAUGAUCUAGAUGUAGUACAAGCCAAUCAAAUAAA